ACCGAUAACGCGCCGCGAGUCGUCCGGACGUCAUGAGCACCGCGACGGCGUCCUCGCGCGCGGUUCCCGGAGUGGGCACGACCGCGGCGCAGACGACGCGCCGCCCGGUUCGCUCCGCCGCGUCCGCGCGCGUCCCCGCGCGCCGCGCCGCGAACGCGCACCGCGCGUCGCGCUCGUCCUUCGCCUCCGGGGCCAACGGCACCGCCGGGUUCGUCCGCGCGCGUGAUCCCGUCAAGGCCCGCGGCGCGCUCGUCGUCACCGCGGUGUUCGAAAAGUUCACCGAGCGCGCCAUCAAGGCGGUCAUGCUCGCGCAGCAGGAGGCCAAGGCGCUGCGUCGCCCCGAGGUUGGCGCGGAGCACAUCGUCAUGGGCCUCAUCGCCGAGGAGGUGUGCCAAGAAGGGGGGCUACCUGGGCACCGGCAUGACGAUCGAGCUCGCGCGCGAGAAGGCCAAGGACAUCGCGCGAGCACGUCCGAGGUGCCGUUCAGCCGAGGCGCGAAGCGCGUGUUCGAGGCGGCGCUCGCGGCGAGCCAGUCCGCGGGGAUGAAUUACAUCGCGCCCGAGCACGUCGCCGUCGCGGCGGCGACACUGGACGACGACGCGCUCGUCGCGUUCUUCGCCGCGAUGAACGCGGACCGCGCCGCGGUCAACGCGGAGGCGGAGCGGAGGUUGAAGGGCGAGCGCGAGCGCGAGGGGAACAACCGGUCGAGCGGGCCGUCGUCGCCCGCGGCGAGAGGCGCGGGGUCGACGCCCGGCGCCGGUUCCGGCGGGAAGGAGUCGUCGGAAAAGUCGCCGCUCGCGGACUUUUGCUUCGACCUGACGGCGCGCGCGAGGGAGGACAAGAUCGACCCGGUCAUCGGCCGCGACGAGGAGGUCGAGCGCGUGAUCCAGAUCCUCGCGCGACGGAGCAAGAACAACCCGAUCCUCCUCGGCGAGCCGGGCGUGGGCAAGACGGCCAUCGCGGAGGGCCUCUCCAUUCGCAUCGCGAAGGGCGACGUCCCGGAGUUUCUCAAGGACAAGCGCGUCUUGUCUCUCGACGUCGGCCUCCUCAUGGCGGGCGCGAAAGAGCGCGGCGAGCUCGAGAGCCGCGUCACCGGCCUCCUCGCGGAGAUCAAAGAGAAAGGGGACGUCGUGUUGAUGAUCGACGAGGUGCACACGAUGAUCGGCGCGGGCGCCGUCGGUAAGGGCGGCGGCGGCGGCGGGAUGGACAUCUCCAACCUCCUCAAGCCCGCGCUCGCGCGCGGGGGGCUGCAGUGCAUCGGCGCGACCACCGUGGACGAACACAGGAAGUACAUCGAGAAGGACGCCGCGCUCGAGCGCCGGUUCCAGCCCGUGAUGAUCGAGGAGCCGAGCGAAGAAGACGCGACGGCGAUCCUCUUUGGUCUCCGCGACCGCUACGAGGCGCACCACGAGACGACAAUCACGGACGACGCCAUCGUCGCGGCGGUUCAGAUCUCCAACCGAUACAUCGCGGACCGGUUCUUACCGGACAAGGCGAUCGAUCUCAUCGACGAGGCGGGCAGCGCGGCGAGGAUCAAGAAGUACAUGGCGUCGAAGAUGCGCGCGGGCGAGGCUGUCGACGGCGCGACGUCCAUGGAGGCGAUGGAGCUGUGGCGCGCGUUGAAGCAAGUCCACGAAGCCAAGGAAGCAGCCGUGCGCGGCUUACUCUUCGAGGAAGCGACGCUGCUGCGCGACCGCGAGCGCGAGGUCAAGAAGAACCUUCUGAACCUCGGCAUCGACGUCGACGUCGACGGCGCGGACGGCGGGCAGAUGGGCGGCGCCGGGUCCGUCGUCGACGUCGGCGACAUUGAAGCCGUUGCCGCGCAGUGGACGGGGAUCCCGGUCCAACGCAUGACGGACGACGAGGCGGCGACGCUGGCCACCAUGGACGACUCCCUGCGCGCGUGCGUCAUCGGUCAAGAGGAGGCGGUGAGCGCGGUCGCGCGAUCGCUGCGACGCACGCGCUGCGGUCUCAAGGACCCGAACCGACCGAUCGCGUCGAUGCUCUUCGCCGGCCCCACGGGGGUGGGCAAGACGGAGCUGACCAAGUCGCUCGCGGAGAAGUACUUUGGCUCCGCGGAUAACAUGGUGCGUCUGGACAUGUCCGAGUACAUGGAGCGGCACUCCGUGUCGAAGCUCGUGGGCGCGCCGCCCGGGUACGUCGGGUUCGGCCAGGGCGGGACGCUCACGGAGGCGGUGCGACGGACGCCGUUCACGAUCCUGCUCUUCGACGAGAUUGAAAAGGCGCACCCGGACGUCUUCAACAUUCUGCUGCAGAUGAUGGAGGACGGGCGCCUGACCGACUCGACGGGGCGCGUGGUGUCGUUCAAGAACACGCUCAUCGUGCUCACGUCCAACGUCGGGAGCAAGGUGAUCGCGAAGGGCGGUCAAACGCUGGGGUUCGACCUCCAGGAGGAAUUCGACGAUAACGGCGACAGCGCGGCGUACAAACGCAUGCGCGACAAGGUGCUCGAGGAGCUCAAAAAUUUCUUCCGUCCGGAGAUGCUCAACCGUCUGGACGAGAUCGUGUGCUUCAAGCAGCUCGAGCGGGAGUCCGUCAGCGAGAUUGGCAGCAUCAUGCUCCGCGAGACCGCGUCGAGGGUGCGCGUCAAGGGCAUGGAGAUGGCCUUGACAAGCGCGGCGAUGACCAAGGUGCUCUCGGAGGGAUUCGAUCAGGAGUACGGCGCUCGUCCGCUUCGACGCGCCAUCACGUCCAUCGUGGACGAUUCUCUCUCCGAGGCGCUGCUUCGCGGGAAGAUCCUCGAGGGCGACGUCGCGGUGAUCGACUACGACGAGAAGUUCGACGGGACGCUCGCGGCGGCGGAGACGAACGGCGGCGAAGCGCGGGCCGUCUCCGAGAACACGUUCGGCGGCGUCUCGGUGACGGCGGUGGCUGGGGACCCGUCGCAACGCGGGUACGACAUCGCGUGGACGUCCGUCGGGAUGGACCUCGAGGGACGGCCGGGGGAGGAUCUCGCGGGGCCGGCGAACAACGUCGUGAAGUCCACGUCAGCGCCGGUCGGCGUGAACGACACGGUGAACAACUGAUGACCGAGUCGACCGAUCGAUCGACCACCAGGUUGAAACCUCUCUCGAUUCGAUCAUCGAUUCGUCGCGGGGUCCGAGCUCGAACUCGAACUCGACGCGACGGCGGGGUCGAAGAAAUUCAGAGCGGCGGCGAAGAGCUCUGUGUACGAACAGCCAUCUCUUGUCUCACGUGUCUAACGUCUGUCUACUUAUCGCCUACGCGCGGGCGCUGUACUUGUAUGAAACGAAAUCGUAAUCAUUUAUUUAAACACUACUCGGUCUACGU